GUCGUCCAUCCAUCCUGUACAAUCGGAAUCUCGACAUCUUGGCCAGACAGAACACUUGGGAACAGUCUCUGGGAGCAUUCGGGCAGCAUAGAAUCAUAAACUCACCCCUCUCGAGGUCUUCUGGGAUUUGAGCGAACGGUCUUUGGGCUCGAUACCAAGGGCAGUUGGAUGCAGAUGGGCGCCAAAUUAUCCACGUGGAUUUGACUUCCAAAUCCGGACGGCGGGGUAUGGUCUUUCUCUCUUUCACAUCGUUGAGCACUGGACGCUGACCGAAAUGUUCUCGUGCUUCAGGUUGGCUUUACGUCGGCCGCCAACUGCCACUCGUUCACUGUCAACUGCACUUACCGAUUCACUAGCACCUGCAGCGGCAAGUGUGCCCCCCACAGCUGUCUCAAGACCCUCCGCGACAACGCCCAUCCAUGAUCUCAAGGGCACAUCAUCAUCAUCCAGUGUUGUUGCCUCUCCUAUCAUCCAGCCAGUUUACUUGAGCAUGUCGAGUCUCAUUCCGGCUGAAGAGGAUGCUACCGAGCUUGACGAAGUUGUUGAGCUAGAUCCAUUCGUUUUCGACCAUCCUAUCCGCCGAGAUGUUCUCCAUCUCUGUGUCGUACAAUAUCUUGAUUCACUGCGACAAGGGUCAGCCAACACCAAAACUCGUGGACAAGUGCGCGGCUCCGGCAGGAAAAUCAGACCCCAGAAGGGUACUGGUAAGGCACGUCUUGGAGAUGGGCAAAGUCCUAUGCUUCGAGGGGGAGGUCGUGCUUUUGGUCCCAAACCAAGAGACUUCAGCACCAAGUUGCCACGAAAAGUCAUUCAAAUGGGUAUGCGCGUGGCUCUGAGUGCCAGGCUGCAGGAGCAUGGCCUCGGGGUUGUGCGUAGCUUAGAAUGGCCCGGGUUCAAAACGAAGGACUUUGCAGAGAGGCUGGAGGAGUUGGGAUGGAAAAGGACUCUCUUUGUGACGGGGCAUGACCAGGUGCCAGAUGGUCUCCGAAGAGUCACCAGCAACCUCUACAAGGUUGAGUCAAAGUCGGCACAAGACUUGUCAGUAUACGACGCCGUCAAAUGGCCACGACUUAUAUUGGAUCUUCCAGCGGUGGAAUGGUUUGAACGGACACUCGCCAAGUCGGCGUCGUCUGCCAACUAGUUAAGGCUAGUUAAGGGUUCUUACCUGUCUUUCGUAGAUUAUCGGCUUGAAUAAUACUCGGUCUAUGGAGGCUGUUGUAUGCUUUAGCAAGUUUCGUUGUUCACCACUGCUAUUAAAUAUUAAAUGCUGAGCAUGUCGACGUCUGUGGGUGGGUAGCUCGGUCCGCUUGCCGCGUCGCGAUCAC